AUGAACUGGCUUUCUUUUGUGGAACACUUGAAAUUGAAUGUUAACAAUCUAUCGGAAGAAACAUUGGAACAACUCCUCGAAAAUCUUUCUGAUAUUAUUCCUUUCAGUAAUUUAACAGUAAGAGAGAAAAAAGACGCUGAGCAGUCUUACGAAGCAUAUCUUGCCAUGAAGGAGGUACCAUUUGUAGAAAACACGGAAGCACUUACUGAGUCUGAAAGUGACAAUCCGGAAGACUGGGUUGAACUGAAAGGAACGAGUAUUCAUUCAGCUACAAUGCAGGCCAAGAUUCACAAACAGACUGCAAUUUUGAAGAAAUACAAAAAGAGACUUAUAGCUAAGGAAGUUACCCAUCGUUGCUUGUUGAAGAGAAAGGUACCAAAUCGUGUGUCGAGGACGCUAUUGAAAUAUCCUGAUAUUGGCAAGGAUAUAGAGAAGUUUGCACGUGAGAAUAGGAUUGGCGCAGAUUCUUGGAGAAGGACUGGAAUAUUAACAUUUAGCGGAAAUGUAAAGCGAGGACCGAAAGUCACAUACAAGCGCAUCAAAGAGCAUCUUGAGGAGAAGUAUGGUGUCCGCUUUGGCUACGGAACUAUUGUACAACUCUGUUGUGUUAGAAAUCGAAGACGACUUUCUGCAAAACGUUAUUUUGGGGUUGCGAAGAUUGUAUCAAGACGUGCUAGAAAAGGAUUUGCCAUUAAACUUAAUGUGGACGCGCACUGGAGCUGUUCCUUUUAUAAGACACUAGAUUUUUUACAACUGAAAGACGGCCGAGAUAAGGUUGUAUUGAAUAGAGACGACGCAUCCGGGUUUCGACUAGAUUCAACAUUCACUCACAAACAGCAUAAAGUACUCUCAGAGGCUGGAAACCCGGAACUGAUUUCCUGA